UCUCUUGCUUCACAAAGUGGGCGUGAGCACUUUGUUGAUGAAUUUUCCAACACCUUCUCUUUUAAUUUUAUAAUAUUUAGUAGUGCCACCAUUGACGCAACUAGCUAGCCGUGGAGCAUCUGGCAUUUGGAGCUCCAGGACUAAAGUUCAAAGAGUUAAUCAUAAUUAUAAGCAGCAGAAGCAAUCAUGUCUGGAGAGAGAGCCGUGUUCUCCACUCAAGCCCACGUGUUUGAGAUUGAUCCUCAAACAAAAAAGAAGUGGAUACCGACUUCGUCCCACGCAGUCAAGGUUGCCUUCUAUCAUGACCCUAGCAGGAAGACAUAUAGAAUCAUCUCCAUUGAGAGCAGCAAGGCACUGGUUAACAGCACCAUUACUGCUAACAUGAACUUCACCAAGACCUCCCCUAAGUUUGGCCAGUGGUCUGAUCACAGAGCAAACACAGUCUAUGGGUUGGGCUUCACUUCUGAAGAUGACCUCGUUCUAUUUGUCGAGAAGUUCACUGAAGCUAAAGUAGCUGCUCGUGAGCUCAUGAGAGAAAGACAGCAAGCCAACCAGAAAAUGGCAGACAAUGAGAAACCACAAUCUCCUGCAUCUUUUGGAGACAGCUCCCCCACAUCUCCUUCCUCAAAAUCACCGUCUGUUAUCUCACCUCCUGCGUCCACCCCAGGGGGUACGAUGAGUAGCCACACCCCCUUGUUAACUAGCCCACCCCCUGUGGUGUCAGUGACCCCCUCUAGACUCAGACCAGAGGAUCCUACCGGCUCGGAGAGUGAGGGCAGCUCAGAGGAGAAGACACAGAGGAAAGUGAGUGAUAGCGGCAGUGUAACGAUGAACGGGAACGGGACUGGUAGUGUGAGCCCAAAGCUGAUCGAGCCUAUCGUAAAGCUGACCAAUGGGCACUCAAAAGAAACUUCAUCAGAUGCUCAACUAGAGACAAUAAAGUUGGAGAACAGUCGACUAAAAAUGGCCCUUGCCACAAGUGCCACAAAUGUCAAGAAAUGGGAGAGUGAAAUGACGACUCUCAAGAACAACAACGCCCGACUAACAGCUGCGCUAGAGGAGAGCACUCAGCACGUGGCCCAGUGGAAGACAAUGUUGCAAAAAUACAAGGAAGAGAAUGACCAGUACAAAAGAAAAAUCCAAGAGUUGGAGCAUGAUAGGGACCAGGAGAGUGUCAAUGCCGAGGGUCAGGAGGCUAUAAAGAGAGAAAAUGAAGAAUUGAAAGAGGUUUUGUCAGCGGUGCAGAUUGACCUGGAGAAUAAUAUGGAGGAGGUGGAUAAGAACAAGACUGAGUUAGUCUCACUCGAGUUUCAACUCGAAGAAUCAAGGUCUAAGCUACAGGGGUAUGAGGAAGAGAACCAAGGUUUAGUGGGACAGGUGUCCUUACUCGAGGAUCAGCUCAAAAUGGCGUCCGUUGCAUCGCGGCGGAAGCUCACAGACGCUCAGAAAAAACAGUCACAGUUUGGCAGCAAGCUUGAAGAAUUGUUGCAGCUUCACAGAGACAUAGAGACUCACUUGAAAGUAUGAACACACAACCAGAAGGACUAUAUGUCAUUACAACUAACGCUUUUGCUCACUUCUUUUUUUCUCUGUGUAUACAGUAGUUUUCUACUUAUAUAUAAUUAUUAUAGCUGUAUAUAGGACUGUUUUAUUUGGCUUACAUACAAUGUAUACUUCUUCCUUCAUUUGUUUGUCCUCUAUAGCUGUCAUAAGCUGUCAUAAUGAUGUAAAGUGCCCAUGCA